UCAGGGCGUUCACUUCUGACCUUGGCUUCAAGUCCUUGAAGGAUGUUGGGCACUUGUUAUCACUGAGGAUGGGAGACAGGACCCUGUGGCUGGCCCCUCCUCUGCUCCUUCUCUUCCUUCCAGGCUUAUCUGCCAUCAGGGGUCCAAAAGCAGUGAGCGGCCUGGAGCGGGGAUCGUUGACUGCGCAGUGUCGCUAUGGCCAAGGGUGGGAGACCUACAAGAAGUGGUGGUGUCGAGGAGCCGAUUGGAAUCUCUGCAGGAUCCUUGUUAAAACCACUGGGUCAGAGCAGAUGGUGAAGCAGGGCCGUGUGUCGAUCAUGGACAAUCAGAGAGACCGCGUGUUCACCGUGACCAUGGAGGAGCUCAGGCAAGACGAUGCGGACACUUACUGGUGUGGGAUUGAGAGACCCGGAGUGGACCUGGGGGACACAGUUAAAGUGACCAUUGACCCAGCACCAACUACAGUGUCGGACACCACCCCCCCCACCACCACCACCACGUCCACAGCACCAGUCACCCCAGAAGAGACCCAAGUCUCCCCAACUGUGACCAGCCACCCCUCCAACAGCAGGUCCCUGCUCAGCAGCGUCCACUUCCUUCUCCUGGUCUUCCUGGAGGUGCCCUUGCUCUUGAGCAUGCUCGGUGCUGUCCUCUGGGUGAACAGGCCUCAGAGAAACUCUGGGGGGAUGCAGAGUCAGCUCGGUCACGAGAACCAGUAGCUCAUCGAUGUCUUGUCCAGAAACAAAGACCCUCAAACAGAAGAAAAAGAAGCUUUUAUCAGGAAAUGGCUGUGGUCAGCAGUGACUGUGGUUCUAGAGGCAACAUGGGCCCCUGCUUCAGGAAACAGUCCCCCAGUCCCCAGGAAUCUACAGCUGAGAUGCCUGGGCCUCUGGGACUCGCUCUGGUUGCCUUCUUCUCUGUAAAGCCCCGGCCAUCCUUCUUCCUGAGACCUCCAGUGCAGUAGAAAAUACAAGUAGAGACAAAUGCCUUGGAGGACAUAUAUAAUCUCAAGUCUGUGAGCUACCUGCAAUGUUAAUGGACUUUCUUUUGCAUUCUGUGGGGUUCAGGGCUUCAGCCAACAAUGAGUUUCAAACCUCUAGACCCCACGAAAAUAGAAAAACUGAACUAAACCCAGGUAAUGUGCCAACCACAGUGAAGACCUGAAUCCACAAGUGGACAGAAGACUCGGGGAUCCCCACCAUGAUGCACUUUUGCCACUUGUGGGGAAGGAAAGCCUGGCUCCCCUCCUUCCCUCGCCUCCCGGACGCUGCACACCUGAAGAUGAGAUGGCAUCUCAUGCCCUCGUUGUCACCAUAACCCUUCCUGUUAAUACCUCUCAAUUUUCUUGCCUCUUUUGAGAGUAUUCCGUCUGGCUGCCACUCUCAUUUGGGGUACACAGGGAGAUAACCCAUGCAUUUUGGGGACUGCGGAGUAAUCCAUCAAUCAGACGCUGGAGCUGGAACAGAUCUGGCAAGUGGGAGCAAGGGGUGGCUGGGGGAGGGAUGAGGCUGGGAGACGUCUCCUGAUCCUUCCAAAGAGCCCUAGGUAAGAUCCCCCGAUGUGGAUGUAAGCUUUUCCUAUGGUUAAUUGUGGAGGAAGGGAGUCGGACACCAGGGAGCCACUCUGUAAAGAGACAGGGACAACUGCUUCCUUCCUCUCAAGUUCCUCUCCUGCACUUUUACCUCUGGGCAGCUUCCAGACCAAAACGGGAGGCCGCUAGAGCAGAGGGACAGCCGACCAGGCGCAGGAGAAGCAGCCUCAGCCCAGGCCAGGCGGAGCAGCGUAGGACACGCAGGGGCCGGUCCUCACCGUGCUCAGGCCCUGACACGAGGCCCAGCGGCCCCUCACCUGGACGCCCUCUGUGCUCUGCUUGGGCCCUGGGCCCCGCCGUCAUCACCUUAGUUUUAACAGCACAUUUAAACUAUCUGUUGACUCUGUGCCCUAAAAGAUGAGGACUUUAGCUUCUUACCCUUUGCCCACCCUCCUCUUUCCAGCCCUGAUUUUGUUAGUAUAGUAGUUUUUGAAUAUAUGAUAUUUGUGUUUGCUUCUGUAAAUAUUUUCCAUGGUCAUUUAGUCUUUUUUCUAUUUUUAAAUAUUCAUUGCUCACCAUGGGUUCUUUUUUUUUCAUUAUUUAACUUAUUCCUUUGUUGGUAAAAUUUCAUCAUGAUGUAGUUUUUCUAUUUUUAAAGGGCCGUGGGUGCUGUAUUUUAUAAGUUGUUCUACGCAUAAGGACAUUUGUUACUGGAAUUUUCUUGAAAAAUAACAAUCCUGGUGCAAAAUUCCUGGACCGUCCUGUCUUUUCCUCAGAACGUGUGGAUUUUCCCUAACUGUCUUCUGGGAUGCGGUGCUGCCGUGGCCUCUGAGGGGAGCCUCUUUCCUUCGUGUACACGAUUACUCUUUCUGACUUGAUAGCUUUUCUGACAUGAGCUCAUCUGACUCUAUCUGUAUCCUUGAAGUUCUGUAACUUUAGAAUAUUCUAGGUGUGAAUCCUCAGUAUCAGGUUUUUUCCUGGGACACUGCGUGGGUUUUCCAUCGCGGAUUGCAAGAUCUCUUUAUCUCAGGAUAGUUUUUAAUUCAAUUAAAUUAUUUUUACUUCUGGCCUAUUUUUUCUCUUCUUAGAGAACAGCCAGCGUACGUUAGUGGAAUCACCUUUCUCUGGCUCCUGUAGCUACGUCUGCCUCUCCAAGCAUUUUUCUAUCAUGUUCCUUUAAACUUCAUUUUAUGUAAUUCCCGAAAGUCGCCAAUCUCUGGGUUUCCAGUCAUGCGCAUCUCUGGGUUGUGCUUCUAGCCCCUGCUUCCUUCUUCCCAGCAGUGUCGGCUCUCUCUCUCCUGUUCCAUUUCUUUCCUGAGACCUGCUGCUCGCUUUUCAUCUCCGUAUUUGGUAUCAUGCUCUGUUUGUUUAUUUAGAUAAAUCCCAUUGUCUAUCAUUUCCUUGAGACUGAAUAGAACUAUUCAUAUGAGCUUAUUUUUCUGUUUCUUUGGAUCUUUUCCCUCAUGAGAUAUGUUUUAUUUGCCUUUUGCUUAUUCUUUUCUUUUCUUUUAACCUACAAGCUAUUGAAGGUGCUGCUUCUCUUUUGAAUAAGAGUUGGUAUUUGCCAAAGUGUAGUGUGAGGAGGAGAGGGGGCUGGGAGGGGCUGUGAGCUGGAGCAGGUUUGCGGCCUGGAUGUCCCCCUCCCGCCACUGAGGGCAGUGUCCUGUCUGUUCUCAGCGUACACAGAAUCACCUGCCUAGUGGCUCUUUGAUUUGCAGAGUCACUUUUGCCCCUUCUUCUCCUCUCUCUCCUCAUCCCCUGCAUCUGCAGCAAUCUCCUCUACCUGAGGGUCCAGGUCACAUGUGAUCAAUUUGCCCAGUCUGCCAAUCAGAUUGCUCAAGAUAAAAAAUUGACAAUACCUAUUGUUGGGGUUGGGGUUGGCAUUUAUUAACAUAUUUAGAGAAGAGUGUUGUUACAACCUCUUUGAUAAUCCCAUCAAAAUUGGAAAAAUGCACAGAUCUCUAACUCAGCUAUUUUAUUCAUAGGAAUUUAUCCCACAGGUUUAUUCACUAAUGUCUAUCAAGCCACACAUGCACAAAUAUUCAUUACAGAAUUGUACGUAGUUGCAAAAAGCUGAAAACAACUUAAGUGUCCAUCAAAAGGGAAAGAAUUAAGCAAAUCAUGAUAUGGAUCUUGUUCUGCAGCUUGCCUAUGUGCACUUACUGUAUUUGGAGAGUCAUUCCAUAUCAACACCUAUAGAUUUUUGUUUUCAUGGCUUUAUAAUAUUCCACGAUGUGUACAUAUCGCUUUUGUGUGUUUUCUUGUAUUUCUCUUUCUAAAAGUCCACAAAUAAAUACAAAAGUUGGCAUGUCUGCCCAGUUCUUUGCUAGCUUCGUUCCUCCGCUGUCCUCCAGGUUUAAAAUGAGUGUCUGUGGGGUCAUUCCUGCUUCCUCCAUGACCUUCUAUUCCCCUUGAACACGUUGCUCUAAACAAGGAGGAUUGCACAGGCCUUUCAGCAGUCCAGAGAACUGUCACCUGCUCAGGUUCGAGGCCGUGUAGAUUGGGUCACAGCUGGGGUUGCCAGAUGGAGAAGAAAGAAAUAAAGCAAAAUGCUCGGUUAAAUUUGAAUUUCAGGUAAAUGAAGAGAUUUGCAGUGUAACUAUGUCCCAAACAUUGCAUGGAAUUCAAGUUUAACUGAGUGUUCCAUGUUGUAUCUGGCAGAUGACUCAGCAUCCUCUCCCGGUUUGAUCCAGGUUGACAGUAUUUAGCAGAUAAAUAGACUUCACAGUUAGGACAGGGGACCUCCCCAUUAAACAAGAAAUUCUUUUUUUCUCUAUUUUCAUUCCCUCCACUCCAACAGAGCACAGUAAUGUCUUUGCCUUAUUUACCCAGAUUUCAAAUCUUUCUUAGUAUCUCUCAACAGAAUUUUAUAGAAUUUUUUUUACCUGUCUCACAUUUUACUUAAGUUAAUUCCUAACCUUUUUAAUAUUUUUCUUUCCCAUUGUAAAUCCUUUUCCCCACUGAAUUGUCUAAGUGGUCCAUUGCUGAUAUAUAAAAAUUCUAUCAAUUCGUGUGUAUUUCUCUGGAAAAGCCCUACUUACCCAAACCCUUUGGUUUCUUUGUUUGUUUGAAAUAGUCCACAUUGAUUCUCUUUGCUGGGUGAAUAAAGAAACACAUUAAUACUGGCUCAUCUCUGCCUCUGAGGAUCUCCCUGCAUCCCCACGCUGGGAUAGGGCCUCUGUGGCCCUGUCUGUCCUUUG